AUGGCGCCAAAUGUCUGCGGCAGACAGUGUUGCCCAGGAUGGACCACGGCUCCCGGCACAAACCGCUGCAUCAAACCUGUCUGUGACCCACCAUGCCAGAACAAGGGCUCCUGCAGCCGUCCCCAGGUCUGUACCUGUCGCUCGGGCUUCCAGGGCUCCCGGUGCGAAGAAGUCGUUCCUGAGCAGGAGUACCACCCGCCCGGUGCCGCCGCUGUCUUCCAGCCCCCUGCAAGCUCCCUCCGGAGGAGGACCAGCACAGCAGGGCGGGAUGCCUCCCUGCGAGGGGCUCAGGCACCUGUUCCACGGCACAUCCCAGCUGUGACUCAGAGCAGAAUUGGCUCUCCUGUCUCCUCCCAGCACACAGGGCCGUCACGGACUGUCCGGCGCUACCCAGCCAGCAGUGGCCAGCUCACAUCUAAUGCACUCCCAAACGGGAAUGGACAUGAGCAGAGCAGCUCUGGGCCACACUCAGUUUCCCAGGAGCACACCUCGUCUGCAAGGGGGGCCAACCUGACAGAGAAGAUUAGGAAGAUAAAAAUCGUCUUCACACCCACCAUCUGCAAACAGACAUGUCGGAGCGGGCGCUGCUACAACAGCUGCGAGAAAGGAGACACCACCACUCUCUAUAGCCAGGGGGGACACGACCACGAUCCCAAGUCCGGCUUCCGCAUCUACUUCUGCCAGAUCCCCUGCCUGAACGGAGGGCGCUGUGUGGGCCGAGAUGAGUGCUGGUGCCCCUCCAACUCCACGGGGAAGUUUUGCCACCUGCCAGCUCCCUCUCUGGAAAAGAAGCAAGGAGGGAGAGCCCCAAAGACCCUGGCUGGUGGUUCCAUGAAGCAGUCAAUGUACACCCUGCCCUUGUCCAAUCAGCUGGCUUCCCUAAACCCUUCCCUGGUGAACGUCCACAUCAACCACCCUCCAGAAGCCACUGUGCAGAUUCACCAGGUGGCCAGGGUGCGGGGUGACACAGAGGUGUCGGAGGAGAACAGCGUGGAGGCUGUCCUGGUGCCUCAGAUGGCUGCUGUGCCCUGGUACACCUACGCCCACGGGAAUGGCAACAGCAUUGCCACGGAGAACAGCCAGCAGCAGCAGAGAGCCCCGGGGCUGCUGGGCAGGUGCUUUCGGGAAGCUCUCCAUGGGCAGUGCACCAACCCCCUGCCAGGGCUGACCAAGCUGGAGGACUGCUGCGGCAGUGUGGGGCUCUUCUGGGGUGUGGACCAGUGCCUGGCCUGUCCCCCCCGGCCAGCACACCCUGUGAUUGAGAAUGGGCAGGUGGAGUGUCCCCAAGGAUACAAGAGGCUGAACCGGAGCCACUGCCAAGAUAUCAACGAGUGCUUGAUGCAGGGCCUGUGCAAAGAUGCUGAGUGUGUGAACACCCGUGGCAGCUUCCGCUGCACCUGCAAGCCUGGCACCAUGCUGGACCCAUCCCGUAGCCAUUGUAUCUCGGACAAAGCGGUGUCAAUGGAGCAGGGGCUGUGUUACCGCUCGGCAGCCGGAGGCGUGUGCUCCUUCCCCCUUUCCCAUCGCAUCACCCAGCAGAUCUGCUGCUGCAGUCGCGUCGGCAAGGGCUGGGGGAAGAAUUGCGAGGAGUGCCCUGUGCCUGGCUCAGAAGCCUUCAAGGAGAUUUGCCCAGCAGGACAUGGCUACACCUACUCCAGCUCUGAUAUCCGCCUGUCGAUGAGGAAGGCAGAGGCAGAAGAGCUGCCCCUCAGCUUGGAAGAGCACGGGAAGAGCAGCAACUGGACGUUGGGCUGGGCAGGAAGGAGACAGCGACUGCAAGACAGCCUGCAUAGUAGCAUCCUGGAGGCAUUCCCCCACCCUGGCGCCUCGGCAGGAGAGGGUGAAGUUUCUCCUGCUGCGCAGGGUGCUGCUGUUGCCACUGCAGAGCCCGCCGCACGCAGAGAGGAAGAGGAGUCCUGGCAUGGUCCUCCCCACCCUGGCCACACCAGCACCUGGGAUGCUGCUGCUCCAACACAGAUGCCAGCGCAGGGCUCGGGGGUCAGCAGCUGUGCCUCUUCACCCCUCUCCUGUGGAGCCGGUGCUUGCGUGCUUACUCCAGAGGGAUACAGCUGCUUGUGCCACCCCGGCUACACGUUGGACCCCAGCCGCCUCCACUGCACCGAUGAAGACGAGUGCCUGAAAGAUCCUUGCGCGGGAAAAGGUCGCUGCAUCAACAGCGUGGGCUCCUAUUUGUGCCUCUGCUACUCUGGGUACACCCUGGCUGUCUCGGAGGGCAAGCAGAGCUGUCAGGAUCGAGAUGAAUGUGAGCAGCCCUCUACCUGCCGGGGACAGCGAUGCAUCAACACUCCUGGCUCCUACCGCUGCGAGUGCAAGGAGGGCUUUGUCAUGGGCCCCAGAGGACAGUGUGAAGAUAUCAACGAGUGUGUGGAUCCCAGCCCUUGCCCCCGCGGGAAGUGUGUCAAUACGCUAGGCUCCUACAAGUGUGUCAGCUGCGGGGAUGGCUACCAGCCCAGGAAUGGGAGAUGUGUUGAUGUGGACGAGUGUCUUGUGGAGGGGACCUGUGCUCACGGGCGUUGUGUCAACCUGGACGGCUCCUUCCGCUGUUCCUGCUACCAGGGCUAUGAGUUGGCACCUGAUGGGAAGAGCUGCCAAGACGUCGAUGAGUGCGCUGCACAGGCUGCCUGUCCCUCUGGACUCUGCCUCAACACCGAGGGCUCCUACUCCUGCAUGGCUUGUGAUGCUGGCUACGCCGUGUCCAGAGAUGGCAGCACAUGUGAAGAUAUGGAUGAGUGUGAGAACCCUGCUGUUCAGUGCCUGGGGGGAGACUGCAGGAACACCCUGGGCUCCUACGAGUGCCACUGCCAGGCUGGCUUCGAGCUCAUCAACGGCACUGCGUGUGAAGAUGUGAACGAGUGCCUGAACAGCGAGAUCUGCAGCCCCAAUGGCGAGUGUCUCAACAGUCAUGGAUCUUACUUCUGCAUUUGUGCUCCUGGCUUCUCGAACGUGGCUGGUAGAGUCAGCUGCCAAGAUGUGGAUGAAUGCGCAGACAAGUCCCGGUGCUCGCAAGGCCAGUGCCUGAACACAGAAGGCUCCUACAGGUGUCUGUGUGAAAAUGGGUUCAAACACUCCCAGGAGACUGAUGACUGCGUGGACGUGGAUGAGUGUAAAGAGUACGGGGAUGCCAUCUGUGGCACGUGGCGGUGCCAGAAUAGCCUGGGCUCCUACCGUUGUAUCAUGGGCUGCCAGCCCGGCUUCCACUGGACCCCCUUGGGUGACUGCAUUGACAUAGAUGAGUGCGCCAACGAGACGCUGUGCGGGAGCCACGGCUUCUGUGAGAACUCAGAUGGCUCCUUCCGCUGCCUCUGCGACCGUGGCUAUGAGAGCUCACCCUCCGGGCACUACUGCGUUGAUGUGAAUGAGUGCGAGCUGAUGGUUGCCGUGUGCGGGACUGCACUCUGCGAGAACGUGGAGGGAUCCUUCCUCUGUCUCUGCCCCAGCGACCACGAGGAGUAUGACACAGAGACAGGGCAAUGCCAGCCCCGAGCAGCCAUGGAGGGCCCUGAGACACACGCAGCCCACCUCUCUGACAGCGCAGAGCGCAAGCAGUGCUACUACCACAUCAGUGACGUUCGCCUGUGUGACAGCGUCCUGGCCAAGAACAUCACCAAGGAGGAGUGCUGCUGUACUGUGGGGGCAGCCUGGGGUGACAACUGUGAAACUUACCCCUGCCCCAUCCUGGGCACAGUGGAGUACCAAGAGAUCUGCCCUCUCGGGAAGGGCUAUGUUCCCCAGGAAGAUCUGCUCUCAGGAAAAGUCUCUUUCACAGACAUGGACGAGUGUGAGAUAUUUGGCUCCGAAUUCUGCCGCAACGGACAGUGUUUGAACACGGUGCCGGGCUACAAGUGCUUCUGCCGUACAGGCUACUACUAUGACUCCAGCAAGCUUGAGUGUGUGGACCAGGACGAGUGUCAGAAUGAAGUGUACUGCAUCAACGGCGAGUGUCUGAACACGGACGGCUCUUACCACUGCUUCUGCAGCCUCCCCCUCGUGCUGGAUGCCACCGGCAACCGGUGCGUGAACCUCUCCAGCAGAGCAGAUGCCUUGGAGGAGUACGAAAUCCACCUGGAUGUCUGCUGGCAGACCGUCGCCGACUACAUCUGCCAAGACCUGCUGCACGGCGAGCAGACCACGUACACCGAGUGCUGCUGCCGGCUCGGCGAAGCCUGGGGCCAGAACUGCGCGCUCUGUCCGCACAGAUCCUCCGCUGAUUUUGCUUUCCUGUGUAAUGGGGCCAGUGAAGACAGUGAGAGAGGGGCUGAGCUCCGAGAAAGACCUCGGUAUGAGUAUGGACCAGGCUUGGAAGACCCCCACUAUGGCCUUCCCAGCCCAGAUAUUGGCCCCUACUACAACUACCUGGAGUCCGAGUAUGGAAACCCCGAUUCUGGUUUCCCUCGGAGGGAACCCAACGGCGAGUUUCGUGGUAGCCCUCUCCACUAUGGGCCAGGGCGGACCUCACCCCGCUAUCUGCCCAGCCAAACUGGCCUCUACGAGGGCUUCGAGGGGCUGCAGGCUGAGGAGUGCGGGAUCCUCAACGGCUGUGAGAACGGGCGCUGCGUGCGUGUCCGGGAGGGCUACACCUGCGACUGCUUCGAUGGCUUCCAACUGGACAUGACCCGCAUGGCCUGUGUGGACAUCAACGAGUGUGAGGAGGUGGGCGGCCCUGAGCCCCUGUGCCGGGGCAGCACCUGCGAGAACACGGAAGGGUCCUACCGAUGCCGCUGCUUGCCAGGCUACGUGGCCCUGGCCCAGCCCCCCCCCUCCCGACAAGCCUCACCCACGCCGCGGGUGCUGGCCCCGCUCCUCGUGAAGCAUCCAGCCUUCAGGCCAGAGCUUUGA